UUUUUUGCUUUCUUACCUUCACUUCCUUGCCUUUUUUUCUCCGGCAGGUCCGGUUUCAACGCCGUCGCGCAAGCUCGCCAACGCCCUAGUGGCCUUUUCCAUUCUUUAGAUUCUUAUGCGUGUCAAGCAAAUCUGGGAGGUCAUCCCUCUCCCUGCAAAGAUCAAGCUUAUUUGGGCCCGUCUCACAUUCUCUCAUCUCACAACCACAUAUUUCAUCUUCUCGCUGUGCCAUUGCAUCAUACAGGUGGCUCUCCAGGUUAGAGUCUUCACUAUCAAUGCAAAUGCUGCUGCGUCUCUCUGGGAUCUCGCCUAUCAAGCCAAUACCACCUCGUUGAAUGGUACCCAUGCAGUCCCUGACUUGCAGCCUGGUUAUCUUCGCCUGUGUAACGAUGUCCCUGCCGACGCUUCCUUAUGCCAAGUUAUCUGGAAUGCCACUGAAACUGCUCUUCCCGCCAACACCUCAGGGAGUUCAUUUUCAGCUAAAGAAUCGUCGACAUUCACCCCAAUGUCUUCAGAGUCUUCGGUUGUGACUGCAACAUAUUCCGCUCUUUCUACUAAACCCGUCCUCAAUGCCGCUACCUCAAAGAUUCUGGAGACCACGACUACCGUCUUUGUUGUGGCUACCCCUGCAGUCACAUCAUCCGCUGUUGACAGCGAAGACAAUGUCCUUCAUACGCGUUUUCAGUUCGAUAGCAACAGUCGUCGCUCAGCCGAUUCCCCAACCCUAGCAGCCAAUCUCUCGAAAACCUGCCUUUGGUCUCUUAACUGGCCUGUAGUGACACUCGACAAUACCAAACGGGAAGACAUUGUAAUCAUUGCGUUCCAGAUUUGGGUCUUGGGCAUGUCCAUUGUAGCCCUUCUGAACGAGUCCAUUCCCCACAUCUUUGCGUCGUUGGCUACGCAUACAUUGGCGACUGCCUGGUCUAUCUUCCAGAUCAUCAACACUGCAAAUUUCCGUUCAAACUUCAACCGUGUAAUCACCGAUGGUACAUGCGGAGUUCCUUUGUUGCCUAAAUACUGGACUGAGCGUGCAAUGGCGGAGUAUCCAACGUUGGCCCUGAAUGUCGUUGCCCUUUUGGUCUCGGCGUUCUUGACAUGGCACUUGAUCAAAUUGUUCGGGUGGCAAACAUUCAAACGAGUCGGUGCCUCUAUGACGAUGAAUCACAUUUACAAACUUGUCCUACUCUUGUCGAUUACGCUCCAGCUGUCAUUCUUCUUUAUGGGUGCCACCAUAUCUCUCUGGAUAGAUAACCUAUUCAACGGGGUCGCCGCUCAAGUGGCGUGGUAUGUGGCAUUCUACAAAGCUACCUCUUUCGUAACGGAGAUUUUCCUAAUCCCGUGGAUCGUUACCGGCUGGGUCGCUGUACGCAAGGAAUUGAGGCUUCUAAUGUUCAUAUUCCUCGUCCUUUCCAUUCUAUAUUUAGCAGGAUGGAGCCUCAUGUUUUUGUCUACGACCUUUCGGUGGACAUUUGUGACCUGGCGCUUUUUUAGUGUUAUGGCCACAGCUUCUGUCCUUUUAACUCUUACGGCAUUCAUACUUGGGAUCAUGUGUCGGUUCAACUUCGGCAAGGGCUUGCCCCUCUAUCUGGACGCACAAGAACCGCUCCCUGGGGAGGACUUUACGUCAGUGUAUACUUCAGACGUAGAAAAGGUGCACUUCCCGUCCAACGAGAAGCCCAUCCCGACCUUUUCAGCAUCAUUUGGAUCCGGUAGUGAAGUUCCCCCGCCUAGAUUGAUGUUCCCAUCGCGAUUGGGCCCCAGAUUCUUCAAUCGUUCCGCUCAGCCAUUUGAGACACCAAGCAGCCAAUCUGUUGUCACUGUACCUCCACCAGCUAUGACCCGGGCGGCAUCCUUCGAUUCUAGUAUCGAUCUUGGACGAAGCGACACUCAUUCCAGCGGUAAAAGUUUUGGUACCUCAGUGGACAGCUACUAUUACAAUCUUUCUCUGCACGGUGACCAUUCACGCAGUGAUUCCUCACAUAACAUGCUAGGAAAGCGGUGGGAAAUAGAAUAGACACACAUGCCGGUCUUCGAGCUCUUCAGUUGAUCUGUUUUCGUUUUGAUACUUACAUGUAUUCUUCUGUCUUUGCUUGCUUGCAAUGCAUUCCUAUAUUUCCUG